AUCGUCGCCUUCUCAAUAUGGCCGGAAGAGCAGCGAUGCUCAUUAACGUCGGGACGGUUAUAAUGACCGUUUUGACCCUGGCUAGUUUGGUCGGAGGCUUCGGUGUGAAUUGGGGCAAUAUCGCAUCGCAUCCGUUGAAUCCCAACAUUGUUGUUCAGAUGCUUAAGGACAAUAAGAUCAAUAAAGUGAAGCUUUUUGACGCUGAUUCGUGGACGAUGAAUGCUUUGGCUGGUACGGGCAUGGAGGUUAUGGUCGGAAUCCCUAAUAACCUUCUUGAAAGUCUCGCUGAUGAUUACGAUAAUGCUAAAGAUUGGGUUAAAGAAAACGUGACCCAGUAUAUGCGUAAGGGUGGCGUCGACAUCAAGUACGUAGCCGUGGGGAAUGAGCCGUUUUUGUCUGCAUACAACGGAUCGUUCUUGAAGACAACAUUUCCAGCGCUAAAGAACAUUCACAGGGCGUUAAAAGAAGCUGGACACACUGAUAAAAUGAAAGCCACGAUCCCACAAAACGCAGAAGUUUACCAAUCAGCAAACGACAAGCCAUCAGAAGGUGAUUUCCGCAAGGAUGUGAAGCAAACGAUGCUUGACAUCGUCAAUUUCUUCCACGAUAAUGACUUACCUUUCACCGUCAACAUUUACCCUUUCCUUAGUCUUUACCUAAACGAGCAUUUUCCCGUUGAAUUUGCUUUUCUUGACGGUAAUGGUCAGACAAUGACUGAUAAAGGAAAGAAUUAUGAUAACGUGUUCGAUGCCAAUUACGACACACUCGUUUACGCGUUGAAGAAAGCUGGGAUUCAUGAUAUGAAGAUUAUCGUUGGAGAGGUUGGAUGGCCAACGGAUGGUCACAAAUAUGCGACCCCGAAGCUAGCGGAGAAAUUCUAUGCAGGGCUUAUGAAAAGACUUGCUAAGGACGGUGGGACUCCAACGAGGCCUGAAAGAUUAGAGGUCUAUCUCUUCGGUUUCCUCGACGAAGACAUGAAGAGUAUUCUUCCUGGGCCCUUUGAGAGACAUUGGGGAAUCUUUAGAUACGAUGGGACACCGAAGUUUAUGCUAGAUUUCACCGGACAAGGACGCCAAAUGGUGCCCGUGGCAGCUAAAGGUGUGCAAUACUUGGAAAAACAAUGGUGCGUAGUAAACAACGACACGGUCAAUCUAGACGAAGUUGGUCCUGAUCUAGACUAUGCGUGUUACCACGGGGACUGCACCGCGAUGGAGGCCGGGUCAACGUGUAGUAAGCUAACCAAAGUCCAAAACAUAUCAUAUGCAUUUAACAUGUAUUUCCAGAUACAAGACCAAGACGUUAGGGCUUGCGAUUUCAAAGGAGCUGCAAUGAUCACCAAGGUCAAUGCAUCCGUGGGAAGUUGCUUGUUCCCUGUUCAGAUCGUUAGUGGAAGUGAUGAUUUCAGGAUCAACUUUGUGUUCGGAAGAUUCGUCGUUUUUGGACUUGUUCUUCUUGGAUUGCUCACGGUUAUAUAAUUUGUUUUUUUUGGUUUUCUUUUUGCAUUUUCGGAGGGAUUUAUUCUACACAAUUAAUUGUUAUUUGUUAUUCGUUUUAAUAACGUUACUUUGAGUUAGUUCAUUUGUAUGUGUUUUAUUUUAUAGAUCAGUAUAAUCAAAUCAUACGACACUC